AUGGCACCAGCAGCUACAACCGUCGGAGAGCACACCGACAAUGGUUUGGGCAAGCAUACCAUUGUGAAGAACGGCCAGAAUGCGCGCACACCCGCCCAUCUCAUGACCGGAGAUGUGAUUCGGCUAGAGCACGAGUUCGGAGCGCACAACUAUCAUCCCCUGCCUGUCGUGUUUGAGUCCGCGAAGGGUGCAAAGGUAUGGGAUCCGGAAGGGAACGAGUAUAUCGACAUGCUUUCUGCGUACUCGGCGGUCAAUCAGGGUCACUGCCACCCAAAGAUUGUGGCCGCACUCGUGCAGCAGGCGUCGAAAUGUACACUAUCCUCGCGCGCCUUUUAUAACUCGAUGUUUGGCAGCUUCGCGGAGAAAAUCACCAAGAUGUUCGGAUACGAUAUGGUGCUCCCAAUGAACACUGGCGCUGAGGCGGUCGAAACUGCCUUGAAGCUUGCUCGCCGGUGGGCCUACGAGAAAAAAGGUGUGGCGGACGGUGAUGCGCUAAUUUUCAGUGCAGAGGGUAACUUCCAUGGGAGAACCAUCGGCGUAAUCAGUAUGAGCACCGAUCCGGAGAGCCGCCACGGCUUCGGUCCUUAUCUCCAGGGCGUUGGCCCGACGUUCGAAGACGGAGACGAGAUCAGGACGAUCCGCUACGGCAAAAUCGCUGACGUUGCACGUGCCUUGCAACUGCACGGAAAGAACACGGCUGCCUUCUUGAUUGAGCCCAUCCAGGGUGAAGCGGGGAUUGUGGUGCCUCCUGAUGGGUACCUUGCGCAGGUCCGCGAGUUGUGCACGAAGCACAAUGUCCUCCUGAUUUGUGACGAGAUUCAGACAGGUCUCUGUCGGACAGGAAAGAUGCUGUGCUGCGAGUACGAUAAUGUUAGGCCAGAUUUGGUUCUUCUGGGGAAGGCACUAUCUGGUGGUGUAUAUCCUGUCUCUGCGGUACUUGCUGACCGCGAUGUCAUGCUCUGCAUCCAGCCUGGGGAACAUGGAAGUACCUACGGAGGCAAUCCCUUAGGGUGUGCUGUGGCCAUGACUGCAUUGGACGUGCUUGUCGAAGAGAAUUUGGCACGGCGUGCGGAAGUAUUGGGGGAGAAGUUUCGUAAUGCCGUUCGCGCUAUCAAAUCUCCCUUAGUCAAGACCGUUCGAGGUCGGGGCUUGCUUAAUGCUGUCGUCAUCGAUGAGCAAUGCAGCAGCAAGGGCCGUACCGCCUGGCAGUUCUGCCUCCUCCUUAAAAGCAGGGGUGUGCUUGCGAAGCCUACGCAUGUCAAUAUUAUCCGCUUCGCACCCCCUUUGGUAAUAUCCGAGGAAGAUCUCAUGAAGGCUGUGGGUGUAAUCGCGUCGUGCCUCUCCGACCUCGACAAGCUCGAGGACAUUCCGGGCGAAGUGGAGAGCGAGAAGGGCCACAAGGAUACGCUCACUCUCUGA